ACCACCGCCACCGCCACCUCUUCCUCUUCUCUUUUCAUUCUCCUUCAUCUUCUUCUUCUCUCUCUCUCGAUCUCCAAAUGGGGAACCUUGACAAAGCAGUUGCAGGCAUAACUCCGAUUGCUGUUCCUUCUCCAUUCUCUUAUUCUCCUCCUUCUUCUUCUCCUUCCCUAUCUUCCCAUUCUUCUCUUGGUCUUCCUUCUCCUUCUCAGUCUUCCCCAACUGCUCCUCCUCCUCCUCCUCCCUCUGUUGUUCUCAGCCCUUGUGCUGCCUGCAAAAUCCUUCGCCGGCGAUGUGUCGAGAAAUGUGUUCUAGCUCCUUAUUUUCCUCCCACUGAACCUUACAAGUUCACCAUUGCUCAUAGAGUCUUUGGAGCCAGUAACAUCAUCAAGUUCUUGCAGGAACUCCCAGAAUCUCAGAGAGCAGAUGCAGUAAGCAGCAUGGUUUAUGAAGCAAAUGCAAGGAUUAGAGACCCAGUUUAUGGAUGUGCAGGUGCAAUUUGCCAACUUCAAAAGCAAGUAAAUGAGCUUCAAGCUCAACUAGCCAAGGCACAAGCUGAAGUAGUAAACAUGCAAUGCCAACAAGCCAAUUUGGUUGCUCUGAUUUGCAUGGAAAUGACUCAAUCUCAUCAUUAUCAAGAACCCAUUUUCCAGCAGCAACAAUACAUUGACACAAGCUGUUUCUUAGAUGACACCAAUUUGGCCACACCAUGGGAGCCUCUAUGGACAUGAAAAUUAAUCCUAAAUUAUUAUAAUACUUCAAAAAGGGUCAUUUAAAAUAGAAAAAAAAAAUCAAUAAAGUCUAUUUAACUAGUGUAAGAUUGACCAGUGGAAGCUUUGAAAAAGAAACUGAUGAUGCUAAUGGGGUGGCUCUCUCUCUCUCUCUCUUAUUGAUUAAUUUUUCUAAGGCAUGGAAAUGAAAGACAUGUCUAGCAAUUGAUUGAAAAAAGGUGGCAGAAAAAGAAAGGAGCUAGAGCUAGAGCUAGAUCUAAAUAUAGAGAGAGGGAGUGAUUUGUCCACUAAUUAUUCUUGGAUCAAUGAAAUUUUAUAUAUUGGUGACCUA